UCCAUGCUGGCUGUGGCGAGCCCAUAGCAAAGCACACAGCACCUCCUCUGACUCACACAGUCACACACACACUGAUAGUCCCACAGAGGCAGGUGUGUGUGAUCAGCAGCGCACAUACCUCAGCAGCGGGUCGGACAAAACUCUGCAGCAUUUGGAUUUUAUUUUUUUAAAAUACAUUUUUAUAUAAUAUAAAACACCGCCAUUAUGUUGUGGACGGCGAGCCAAGUCUUAAGGAAAUUCUCCACCUCGUCCAAUUAUUACCAGAAUAAGCUCAAACUAGCUAUAAUUGGCCAGAGCGUGUUCGGCCAGGAGGUGUACAGCAACCUGAGGAAGCAGGGUCACAAGGUGGUGGGUGUGUUCACAGUCCCCGACAAGGAUGGCAAGGCCGACCCCCUGGCGAUGGCGGCGGAGAAGGACGGGACGCCGGUGUUCAAGUUCCCCCGCUGGCGGGUCAAGGGGAAGCCCAUCCCGGAGGUGGUGGAUGCCUACAAGGCGGUGGGCGCCGAGCUCAACGUCCUGCCCUUCUGCUCCCAGUUCAUCCCCAUGAACAUCAUCGACAACCCCAGGCACGGCUCCAUCAUCUACCACCCCUCGCUCCUGCCCCUGCACAGAGGAGCCUCGGCCAUUAACUGGACCCUGAUCCACGGUGAUAAGAAAGCUGGAUUCACAGUGUUCUGGGCUGAUGAUGGACUGGACACCGGACCAAUCCUGCUGCAGAGGGAGUGUGCUGUGGAGCCCACUGACACAGUGGACACACUCUACAACCGCUUCCUCUUCCCAGAGGGCAUCAAGGCUAUGGUGGAGUCGGUGCAGCUCAUUGCUGAUGGAAAGGCCCCAAGAGUUCCCCAGACAGAGGAAGGAGCGAGCUAUGAAGGAAUUCAGAAGAAAUCCAACGCCAAGGUCAACCUGGCCCAACCAGCGGAGGCCGUCCACAACUGGAUCCGAGGCCACGACAAAGUCCCCGGUGCCUGGACAGUCAUUGAUGGGCAGGCUGUGACCCUGUAUGGCUCGUCCAUGUUGGGGGGGUCGCUACCAACCGGUCAGCCCCUGGAGAUCGCGGGGGCGCCCCAGCCCGGCCUGGUCACCAAGAACGGGCUGGUGCUGUAUGGAACCGAUGGGAAAGCUCUCCUGGUGAAGAACCUGCAGUUUGACGACGGCAAGAUGAUCCCUGCUUCUAAAUACUUCUCCUCUGGGGAAAGCUCCAGUCUGGAGCUGACUGCUGACGAAGAGAAGAUGGCAGAGGAGAUCAGGGACAUCUGGAAGGGCAUCCUCAGCAAUGUCCCAGCCGUUGAGGACACCACAGACUUCUUCAAGUCCGGGGCCGCCUCCAUGGAUGUGGUCAGGCUGGUGGAGGAGGUGAAGCAGAAGUGUGCCGGCGUCCAGCUGCAGAACGAGGACGUGUACAUGGCUACCACCUUCCAGGACUUCAUCCAGAUGUUCGUCCGCAAGCUGAGAGGGGAGGACCAGGAGGAGGAGCUGGUCAUCGACUACGCAACCAAAGAAGUGAACAACAUGACAGUGAAGAUGCCAACCCAGUGUUUUAUCAACGGCAAGUUUGAGGAUGCAGAAAACGGGAAAAGCUACGAGACCAUCAACCCUACUGAUGGAUCAGUGAUCUGUAAGGUGUCCUACGCCUCAGUGGGGGAUGUGGACCGGGCAGUGGCAGCUGCCAAAGAAGCCUAUGAUAAUGGACCCUGGGGCAAAAUGAACCCCAGAGACAGAGGAAGUCUGCUUUACAAGCUCGCAGACCUGAUGGAGGAACACCAGGAGGAGCUGGCCACCAUCGAGUCCAUGGACUCUGGAGCUGUGUACACGCUGGCCCUCAAGACACACGUAGGCAUGUCCAUCCAGACCUUCCGAUACUUUGCCGGCUGGUGUGACAAGAUCCACGGCAAGACCAUCCCCAUCAACCAAGCCAGGCCCAAUCGAAAUCUGACCUUCACUAAGAGAGAACCUCUGGGCGUGUGUGCCAUCAUCAUCCCAUGGAACUAUCCUCUCAUGAUGCUGGCGUGGAAGAGCGCUGCCUGCCUCGCAGCAGGGAACACGCUCGUUCUUAAACCCGCACAGGUCACUCCGUUGACGGCACUGAAGUUUGCUGAGCUGUCAGCGAAAGCCGGCAUACCAAAAGGAGUCAUAAACAUUUUGCCAGGCUCAGGUGGAAUGGUGGGACAGCGCUUGUGUGACCACCCAGACAUCCGCAAGCUGGGCUUCACCGGCUCCACACCUAUCGGCAAACAGAUCAUGAAGAGCUGUGCGCUCAGCAACCUGAAGAAGGUUUCUCUGGAGCUGGGAGGGAAGUCGCCUCUCAUCAUCUUCAGCGACUGUGACAUGGACAAGGCGGUUCGCAUGGGCAUGAGCUCUGUGUAUUUCAACAAGGGGGAGAACUGCAUCGCUGCUGGCCGUCUGUUUGUGGAGGAGUCCAUUCAUGAUGAGUUCAUCAGCCGAGUGGUGGAAGAGCUGAAGAAGAUGAAGAUUGGAGACCCACUGGAUCGCUCCACGGACCACGGCCCACAGAAUCACAAAGCCCACAUGGACAAGCUGCUGGAGUACUGUGAGGUCGGACUGAAGGAGGGAGCCACGCUGGUGUACGGAGGCAAACAGGUGGACAUGCCAGGUUUUUUCAUGGAGCCCACUGUCUUCACUGAUGUGGAGGACCACAUGUUCAUCGCCAAGGAGGAGUCCUUCGGCCCCGUCAUGGUGGUGUCCAAAUUUAAAGAUGGCGAUGUGGACGGCGUGCUGCAGAGAGCCAACGCCACCGAGUACGGCCUGGCCUCGGGCGUGUUCACCCGCGACAUCAACAAGGCCAUGUACGUGAGCGAGCGGCUUGAGGCUGGAACAGUAUUCAUCAACACCUACAAUAAGACCGACGUGGCUUCACCUUUCGGAGGUUUCAAACAGUCCGGCUUUGGCAAAGACCUUGGAGAGGACGCUCUACUGGAAUACCUCAAGACCAAAGCAGUGACUGUGGAGUACUGAGGCGCGGACUCCAACCAACUCUGAGCCACAUCUGAAUAGGAAAAGGACUCGUCUGUCUGCUUCAGGCAGACUUCCAGCUUCAUUCAGCAUUGCUUCUGGACAGCGUGUGUGUGUGUGUGUGUGUGUGUGAAUGAGAGGAGAGCUUUGGUGUUCGUCUCUGCCUCAGUUUGGACACUUUCUGCGUAAAAAAAACCAGAUCAUGGACAAGGGACACGUGUGGUUUACACACAUCUGUAUAUCCA